AUGACCAGAAGCAGGGCAAAGGGUUUGAUCAAUUUCAAGCCAAUAAAGCAAAAAAAGGGUACUGUGAUUGAAGUAUCUGAUGAUAGUGAUUCACCAUCCACAAGGCAUGGUGUUCAGAACAGCUCAAGCAGACCAACACAAGAGGACUCAACCUUUUUGAAUAUGAUGGCAGAUGCAACAACUCAGAUGAGCACUCAGAGCAUACCUUCAAACAUCACAGAGAGGCUCCAAACAGGUUUAAAAGUUUCUGGACCUUUAACUAGGGAUUUAUUGUCUAGCUUUCCUGUUUAUCCUCAAGCCAGUGUGGGCUUUAUGUUAAGAAGAUCUGUGGAUGAGGCCAUUGCUGCCUCUAAAGAGGUAUUGGGCAUAAGAUCAGCAACUUGUGCCCCUUCUAUAGCUAUGAUCCGAACUCAGCCUUUUAUGGCUGCCCAAGCAUCUAAAAAGGGAAAUUCAUCCCUUAAGCACUCUGUUAGUGCUGCUCUGGCAGCCAUGGACAGGAUGAUUAGGAGGGAAUCAGAGUGUAAUCCAGCCCCUGCCCAACCACCUGUUACCACCACCCAUGCACCUGCUUUCUUUAGAAACAUGCCCAUUGAGUUCAAUUUCAUGAACUCACCACACUUCACCACUAUUCCUGUUUCAUCAUCCACUGUAGAACCUAUACUAUAUAACCAUGGAUCCACAUCUCAAACAAUGCCUAAACCAACCCCUGUUGAAACAACCCCUGUUGAAACAGCCCGUGUUGAAACAAGUCCUAAACCAACCCAUUUGGAAACAACCACUACCAGCCCUCUACCCUCACCAAACCAGCCUACAACCACACCUUCCACACCCACUGAACCUGUUAUCCUUUUGCCAUAA